AUGCUAAUUCGCCCAACCGCUUUCCCUCCCUCCCUUGGCCAACCCGAAUGCGUCUCCCGGGCGGUCGUUUUCGGCAUCGCGGCGAAGCAGCAUGGGGAGGAACAAGAACAUUUUGCCAGCGCGGUGGAAGCUUGUGUGCUCAAUUCGAGCAGCCGGCGCAUGCAUUCGGGUGAGGACUUCGCAGCUGUCUUCUCCUGUCACCAGCACUACAGAGAUACUCAACAGGAUUUGAUUUUCAAGAUACAGUGCGUUUGUGAAAGAUGCAUCACCAUUUCUUUCCCGCACAGAAUCUGUGCGUCGCGAGCUUCUGCUGCUAGGCCGGCUGCGGUGGAAUUGUCCUUGCAUUUCUUGCUCAUGUGA